AUGGCGGAUUCGGACCUGAAAGCUCGAAGCCUGGAUAGUCUGCUAGCACUCACACCGGCCAAGAACAUGUUCGGCGAGGACGUCAGUGAUCAAUGGAAACGCAAGAAACAGACGCCAGAACAGAAGAAGGCAGCAAGAAUGGCAAAGCUCGAUCCCGCAAACUGGAAGACUGCUAAAGAUGUUUACGAUGAACGCAGUGCAGAGGCGGCAAAAAAGCGGAAGCUGGACGAUACCACAAACGCAAGUAUACAACAAACAACCUCGACUGAGUCGGAUCACACUUCGAAGAGGCAAAAGAAGGAUAAUGCUCAGCCAGAGAAGAGAGAUGCACCUACGGGACCAAUAGGCGAAAUCGCUAUCGAGGAUGUGAUCAAUCCGAAUCUGAAGAAAAAGCUGAAGAAACGAGCCCAUCGGAGCGAGAAGAACGCACAGAAAAGAAGAGAGACGGAGGAAGUCAAGGCUGGUGAAGGAGGUCAACAGUCAUCUGGUACAGAAGCUGCGCAGGCGACGGCACAUGUCAAUCAGCAACAACAUACUCGAAAGCAGAUUGAUCAAUCAUCCAGCAAGAAGGUAAUCAAUGCGAUGAAAAAAGCUAAGGAGGAAGUUGACCCAAUAUCGCUAUUCCCAAACACAAACCGAAAACAGAAAGACUCAGAAGAGCAUGAUCUGGAGCCAGAGGAUAUCCACGAUAUCGAAAUGGCAGACGUCGAUGAGUCGGUGGAAAAUGACAUCGAAAAAUCUACGGACGAAGAUAUUGAGGUCAAUGCUGGGGAGAACCAAGACUUACAAGAUGACCAAUCGACAGCAACAUCCACUGACGGCAUCUCGGACGUACUUUCUCCUCCCCAAGAUUCAGCUUCGUCCUCGGUAUCCUCAAUUCUACCACUGAUUCAGUCUGGACCAUCAAACCCAAAGAAGCCAAAACCCGCUGUGGCAGAACAAGUAUCCCAAGCUUCUAACAAUCCAACACCACUUCAGACUGACUCGGAUCGAGAGGCUGCACGAGAACGUCUCCAGCAACAGAUAUCACAAUUUAGAUCUCAGCGAAAAGCGGACGAUAGACCCAUAAGGUCCCGAGCAGAUUUACUUGAGCAAAGAAGGAGAAAGGAGCAAGAACGAAAGGCAGCCAAGAAGGAACAGCGCCAAAAGGAGAGAGAAGAAGAGGCAAAACGUCAGGACGAGGAGAUAGCUAGGCGUUUUUCUCCAGGAGGAUCUGGCUCACUACUCGCAUCCCCGAGAUCGCCAAUGGCAGACGACGGUGGAAGCUCUUUCUCGUUUGGCAGGAUUGCGUUCGAGGAUGGCACUCAGUUCGACCCCUCUACCAGUUCUGCUGCAGCCCCAAAAAGACACAAAGGACCCUCGGACGCUGCGUCAGCACUAAAGGCUGCUCAAGCCAAAGACGCAAGGAUAGCAGGCCUAGAUGAGGGAAAGAAGCAAGAUAUUGCCGACAAAGAUAUGUGGCUAAACGCAAGGAAACGGGCACAUGGAGAACGGGUCAAAGACGACACUUCCUUGUUGAAGAAGGCACUAAAAAGACAGGAGAAACAAAAGCAGCGUAGUGGGAAGGACUGGGAAACCCGUGUGGAAGGUGUCCGCUCAUCUCAAGAAGCAAAACAGAAGAAGCGUACCGAGAACAUUCAGAAGAGAAAAGAUGAGAAGCUCGGAAAGAAGAGUGGUCCCAAAAAGGUCAAGAGACCAGGCUUUGAAGGUAGCUUCAGAGGUCGUACUGGGAAAGGUAAGAAGAAGUAG